CACCUAGAGAGUCCCGCGCUGCGGUCCUUCCGGGCGUGGACCCGCGCCGGACAGUGCGUGCGCGCCGACGUGAGCGUGCGCGUGCCCGCCGACGUGCGGCGCGCGUCCGGCGCAGCUGGGCGCGUCGUCCGGAGCCGGGGGGCUGGAGUCUGCGCGCUGGCGGUGCGCGGGCGGGCCAUGGGGGAUCAGGACUUACCUGGCGUUUUGGUGUCUGGACUGGAAGGACCUCAUGGUAUAUGUGAGGAUCACAUUGGAGAUCUGCAGAAACACUUUACUCUCAUUACUCUGCAAGAAUUUUUGGAAAAUAACACACGAUUCGGUCCAAAGGUCCAAGCUGUAUACAUCUGGGGCGGAAAGCCAGCCGUUACCCAGGAGCUCCUGCAGAGUCUGCCCUCCUUGAAGAUAAUUGCCAGUGCAGGAGCAGGUCUAGAUCACCUGGACCUGAAGCUCAUUGCCAGCUAUGGUGUGAAGGUGGCCAACACACCACAGGCGGUUUCCAGUCCCACAGCAGACAUGGGGAUGGCCUUACUGCUGGCCGCAGCUCGCAGAGUCGUGGAAGGUACCCAGUCCUUGGAGAUGCUG